CGAGACUCACAAGGCGUACGUCAAAUAAAAUACUUAUACAUGCCUCUGGUGACUUUUUUCUCUAAAAUUUUUUCUCUAAAAAGGCCGAUCAGGAUUCUAUGCAAUUUGAACGAUUUUGACUGCCAUUUUCCCAACGCAAGACAAACAACCUCCUAUAACAAUCAUGUCGUCAAUCAUCACUUCCAUCAAGGACCUCGUAACCUCGGUCUUCGAGGUCAUAUUCUCCGUAUUCAACGGCGCGAUCGACAUGGUUUCAGGUCUCAUCAUGGGUCUUGUCAACUCUGUUAUUGGCAUCUUCAAAAUGACCCUCCACACGGCCGGAAACCUUCUGGAAACUGCGGGUGGUGUAGGCAAAUUUGUUGCCAGCAAUAUCGUUGUCAUUGGAAUUAUUGCUGGCGGUAUCUACGCUUAUCUGCAGUAUCAAGGUCGUCAAGGUCGUCCGGUUGGAAAUAAGAAAUUGAACUAGGCUUCAAGUAGACGGGAGGGGUAUCAUCGCGAUGGGUAUUGGUGUGAGACACCACUUUGUAUGUAGAUUCUAUUACUGUGGAACUUGAAGUUUCUGUACACCAGCUUUGACCACAUUCACGGAUUUCAAGGUUGGGGUGUUGAUGAGCU